ACCAAAGACGGUGGAGGAGAAGCAGGACGGCGAUGGGACAGCCGCUCUCACAGCCACAUUAUCCGCAUAUUACCGCCGUCAGGGCCGCUACAGCCGCACAAAUGGCAUUACAGCGUGCGUGAAGGACUUUGUUUCCGGACUUGUAACUGAGCGGUAAAGUUUCGGUCUUUUAAAAGGUAAGGGAGUUGAGUUUAGCGGCGGGCGGGGGCCGCUAACGUUAAUGUCAACGUUAGCUAACUUCGUGACAGCCAUGGAAGAUUUUGGAUCGGCGCUGGAGAAGAACGUGGCCGACUUGACCGUGAUGGACGUGUACGACAUCGCGGCGGUGGUGGGCCAGGAGUUCGAGCGGAUUAUCGACCAGUAUGGCUGCGAGGCUCUCUCACGGCUCAUGCCCAAAGUAGUCCGGGUCCUGGAGAUACUCGAGGUCCUGGUCAGCCGGAACAGCAUCAGCCCGGAGACCGAGGAGCUGCGGCUGGAGCUGGACAAACUCCGGCUGGAGCGAAUGGACCGAAUGGAAAAGGAGAAGAAACAUAAAAAGGAACUGGAGUUGGUUGAGGAUGUGUGGCGAGGGGAAGCCCAGGAUUUGUUGUCUCAGAUUGCCCAGCUGCAAGAGGAAAACAAGACCCUCCUCAACAACCUGUCCGUCAAAGACUGUGCAAUGACAGAGGAGGACAUUCAGAGACAGGAAGGUAUGUCAGAAAGGGAGAGGCAAGUGAUGAAGAAGCUAAAGGAGGUCGUGGAUAAACAGAGGGAUGAGAUUCGUGCCAAGGACCGAGAACUAACCCUAAAGAAUGAAGACAUUGAAGCACUGCAGCAGCAGCAGAACCGGCUGAUGAAGAUCAACCAUGACUUGAGGCACAAGAUCACAGUGGUGGAGGCGCAGGGCAAAGCUCUGAUCGAGCAGAAAGUGGAGCUGGAGGCUUUUGCUCAGGCAAGGCAACAGGAGCUGGGAAACCUGCGGCAGGAGGUGGCCCGGCUUAGGGAGCGGCUGCAGGGCGAGAAGACCAGCCCUGAGACUGAGGAGCCCCCCGCACCACCAUCACCUGCACAGAGCUUUCUCCCUGAGCCUGUCCUACCAAGGGAGCACCCCCGCUCCCUUGCUCCUUGUAUCAGCCAGGCACUUACAGAUGAGAAUGAGGAUGAGGAGUAUGAGGACGAUGAGGAGGAAGACGCUGUGUUGCUAUGGGAGGCGCUGUGUGAUGAAGAGGCGGGUCUGGAUCCAAAAGAUCCAAAUCGACCGCGCUUCACCCUGCAAGAGCUGCGAGAUGUUCUACAUGAGAGAAAUGAACUGAAGGCCAAAGUUUUCAUGCUACAAGAGGAAAUUGCAUAUUAUAAAAGUGAAGAGCAGGAAGAUGAAGCCAGCCCGCCCACUCCAGAUCCCUCCCCUACGCUUAGACCCCGCUCCAGAGCCAGUCAGCCAGAGUCUGGCAUAAAGCGCUUGAUCUUCACAGCCAUUAUGCCGAUGGUGGCGGCUGGGUUGAUUCCAGAUGACCCCACUUUACAGCCAAUCAGACGACUUAUUUCCCUUGUUUAGCUUCUUCUCCCGGGACAAGAGGCGCAGCUCUCAGAGGGGCCAGCUGGACAACAGCUUCGGCUCGUGGGCCGGCAAUGAGGAGGUUUACACAGAGCAGGCCCAGGAGGCCUUACAGCACAUGUAACCUGCUGGACAGUGACAAGCACAAAGGCCCUCUAAUCCCUAACCUGCGCCAUGUGACAAGCCACACUUGCACCCCCCUAUUAUGGUCAACUUGCACAUCCCUGCAACCUGCCAUUAGUGGACAAAGAAAGGACUCACAAAGGGACACAGGGAAAAUGGAGCAGCUUAAACUUAGAUACGGUUAUACAACACUUCCACCCUUGACUUAUCCCAAGGAGACUGGGAUGUCAGGCUUUAUUUUAGUUUUCUUUUGUUAGAGUUAUUUUAUUUUGGUAUACCAAAAUACCAAGUUACUGCAAGUAGACAAGGUUGAAUAGAAAAACUUCUGAUACAUUUUUGAUGUUUUGAAGAAGUCAGAAGGGCUGAGGAAGUCGGGGAAGGAGGUCAUGUUUUUGUGCCUUUAGUAGCUAAGAUAAUACUUUGAUUAGGGGACUUUUAUCGCAUUCUUAAAUUCAAAUUGAAUUAUGAAAUGAGGCAAUGCCUAGUGAAAAGACAUUUACCAGUAGUUUAAAAUAAAAUCAGAUUUUAUUCUUUUGGUAUGCCCAUUGUGGAAUGGUGCAUUGUGAAUAGUGUGGCAUUUUUUUUAUAAGUUUAAACACAUGGAAAGUGUUGAGAGUUUGCACAGUAAUCACGUUGCCACACUGAGAUGCUGCGGAACCUGAGGCCUGAAACAGUCAUGGCACAAUAUUCUUGUUGGAGAUGUACAGUCUAGUAUUACUGCAUAGCUCCAUUGUAGAAACUAUUUAAAGUUAUUUGAGAACUGCUGACUCUCGAAAGUCAUCAGUGAACUCCAGCUUUUCUGCAUUCUUAUGACUUGAGUGGUGCUUUCGCUGGCAAUAAUAGAGUUGUUUAGUCGAAGCAUGAAAAUGCCAGUGCAGUCAUGGCAAGAUAUACUGACAAAAGCUGCUUUGUAAGCUUGGAAUCAUUGCCGGUGUUUUUUAUUCACAGUGUUUUAAACAUACAUCCAGUGUAGCUGUAAAAGAUUUUAGAAUUUGAUAAAGCAGAAAGAAUUCAUACUCCAAAAUAUGUACUAAAGGAGAAAACAAAUCCUUGUUUGUAUCAGUGCAAAGAGCAAUGCUUCAUAACUUCAUCUCAUUGCAGAUUAAAGCAUUUUAUACAGCGUA